UGGCCGUGAUGCCCCCCGGGUCGUGGUGGCUGGUGCUUUGGCUGCCGCCCCUGGCCACGCUGCCAGCGGGUGCGGUGCCCCAGGAGGAGGCGGCAAUGUCAGUUCCAAGAUGUAAAUCUCUGAAGGAAACGGACUUAAUUAAAACUUCUGUGUCAGACUGCUAUUGCUACAAUCAACAUUCACAAAUAGAGUGGACAUACAUGUGGUCAACGGUGCAGGUGACGAUUACCAGCCCGGGCCUGCUCAGUAUUGUGUACAUCACAGGAAGACAUACUUGCCAGCACACAGAAACCAUUCUAUCUUUUCUCAAAUGUGUGACUCAUAACUUUUGGACAGCAGAGGAGGCUAAGGAGGUGACCAUAGUCUUCAGUCCAUAUGGAGAGACUGUGUGCUUCUCUGUGAAGCCUGUUGGGAGUUUACUUACCUAUGCAGUGAGCGUGAAUCGAAAUGUUGUGGAUUUCAGACUCUUCCUUGUGUUUGCGACAGGCAUUUUCCUUUUCUUUUAUGCAAAGACCUUGAGCCAAAGCCCUGUUUUCUAUUACUCUUCGGGUACCGUGUUAGGUAUUCUAAUGACACUGGUCUUUGUCCUUCUGAUGACUAAGAAACACAUCCCGAAGUAUAGCACAUUUGGGGCGCUAAUGAUUGGUUGUUGGUUUGCUUCAGUUUAUGUUUUGUGCCAGUUGAUGGAAAAUCUGAAGUGGCUGUGGUGUGGAAACAGAAUGUAUGUAUUAGGCUAUGCCUUGGUUGUCGGACUUUGUAGCUUUUCCGCCUGUUACAGUCGCGGGCCUCCUGCUGACAAGGGGAGCAGAGACCUUCUGAUGUGGGCACUGAGGUUCCUCUCCCUGGUUCUUGUCUACACUGGUAUGGCCAUCUCUCAGUUUGCCUAUGCUGUUAUGAUCCUGCUCCUGCUCUCCUGGACUCGGCACUAUCUACUGAGAGCAUUCAGCUGUCUGAGGUGGAAGGUGAGGCAGUGGUUCACAGCACGAGCACUGGUGGUGAGGUAUCUCACUGAUGAUGAGUACAGGGAGCAAGCGGAGGCCGAAACAGCCAGCGCUCUGGAGGAACUGCGCCAAGCCUGCUGCCGGCCCGACUUCCCUUCCUGGCUGGCUGUCUCCAGACUCCAGGCUCCUAAAAAGUUCGCAGAGUUUGUUCUUGGAGCAAGCCACCUGUCACCGGAAGAAGUCAGCACACACGAAAAGCAGUAUGGCCUUGGAGGUGCCUUCCUGGAAGAGCAGCUCUUUAGUCUGCAGACUGAGAGUCUACCUGCAAGCUGACUUCAUUCUGAACCGGAAAGCAAGUAAAAGGCAAGGAUCUGAUUCCAGCUGGGUGGGGCCCAAGCACCUCAGAGAAAAGUAAACCAUGCAAGUAAGGAAAAACUCAUUUGCACAGCAGAGUCUUACCGUGGUGCUGUGAAGACUGAAAUCGUCGUUGCCAUAGGCCCUGGAUGAAGACCUUCACAGGAACAGUGGAAACCUGUUCU